CCUAGAUAAGCCAGUUGCAGAUCCUUCCUGCCAGUGCAAGCAACCUUUCGCUGUACCUUUUGCCCUCUCCCAAAUCCAGAUCGAAACGAGUGCAUCGCAUCCACAAGCCUCCUUACCCAGAAUUACAUCAGCGACGACCGCCGACUCGCCGAGGCCGUUCCGGCUCACCGGCCACCGCCUCCGGCGGGGUCCCUCCCCCGCUCCCAAACGCGCCGCGCGGAUCAGCCACUGACGCGUGGGCCCAACCCGUACGCUGUCACCCCCCACCCCACACACACACGUGUUCCCCAGUUCCCCCUCCGGCCCUCCCGCACCGCACGGCAGGGCAGCAGCAACCAACCGCCCACCGAUCGUCUUUUUCUGUUUGUUUGUUUAUACCUAUCUCCUCCUCCUCGCCUACGACUACGAGUUCGCCGUGGCGCGCCACCCGCCACCAGUCAGUCCCGCCGCGCCGAUAAACCCUCCCUCCCCGAAUCGGAGAACCGCAUCUCUGAGAUUCCCCUCCGACACCCGCCGUCCGCGCUGGGAUCUCCCAUCCGGACCCGUCUUCCAUCAUUGCCCCUCGAAUUUCUCCUCCACAGACUCAGUUUCGUCAUCCGCGCUUGGUUUCGUCAGUUCCGGCGGGCCUAGCAGAUUCGUGGCUCUUCCUCGUACACAAUCCGGGCUGGGUGAGUGGGGCCCCUUUUCCGCCUAGCGGGUUGCGUGCGGCCGGCGGUGUUGCUUGGAAGGCAAAUCGAGUGUUUAGGGGGCCGCGUGCGGGGGCGGUGGUAAAUAAAGCUACCAGGGUUGGUGGGGUCAUUAGCGGAGCUGUGACUCUGUGAGGCGACGAUGGGGCUGGGGGCUGCGAUGGCGCUGGCGCUGGGCGACCCGCCAGCGGACUACGCCUCCAUCGCGGCGGUGGGGCUGUUCGUGGCGCUCAUGUGCGUCUGCAUCGUCGUCGGGCACCUCCUCGAGGAGAACCGCUGGAUGAACGAGUCCAUCACCGCGCUCUUCAUCGGGCUGGGAACUGGAGCGGUCAUCCUGUUCGCGUCGAGCGGGAAGCAUUCGCGCGUGCUGGUGUUCAGCGAGGACCUCUUCUUUAUUUACCUGCUGCCGCCGAUCAUAUUCAAUGCAGGGUUCCAAGUGAAGAAGAAACAGUUCUUUCGAAACUUCAUUACUAUUACACUGUUUGGUGCAGUUGGCACCUUGAUCUCUUUUACUGUAAUAUCCCUUGGCGCUCUAGGACUAAUAUCAAGGCUUAAUAUCGGCGCACUUGAACUGGGAGACUAUCUUGCACUUGGGGCAAUAUUCUCGGCCACAGACUCGGUUUGCACCUUGCAGGUGUUAAGCCAAGAUGAGACACCAUUCUUGUACAGCCUCGUGUUUGGUGAAGGUGUUGUCAAUGACGCAACUUCUGUUGUGUUGUUCAAUGCAAUCCAGAACUUUGAUCCUGGAAAUAUCAGCAGUGCCAAAUUACUGAACUUCAUUGGCAGUUUCCUUUAUCUGUUCGGCUCCAGCACCAUUCUUGGAGUAGCUUCUGGACUUCUUAGUGCUUAUACCAUUAAGAAGUUGUACUUCGGCAGGCAUUCAACCGAUCGUGAAGUUUCCAUUAUGAUGCUAAUGGCUUAUUUAUCUUACAUGCUAGCUGAAUUGCUCGAUUUGAGUGGCAUUCUCACUGUGUUUUUCUGCGGUAUCGUAAUGUCACACUAUACUUGGCACAAUGUAACAGAAAGUUCGAGGGUCACAACCAAGCAUGCCUUUGCAACAUUGUCGUUUAUCUCCGAGACUUUUCUGUUUCUUUAUGUUGGUAUGGAUGCAUUGGAUAUAGAGAAGUGGAAGAUUGUCGGUCAAACUUAUAGCCCGGUAAAGUCUAUCGCUUUGAGCAGCACCAUUUUAGCCUUGGUGCUGGUUUCAAGAGCUGCUUUUGUUUUCCCACUAUCCUUUGUAUCAAAUUUGACCAAAAAAACUCCAAAUGGAAAGAUAUCUUUUAGGCAGCAGGUUAUUGUUUGGUGGGCGGGUCUCAUGAGAGGUGCUGUGUCUAUUGCGUUGGCUUACAAUAAGUUCACAAGAUCAGGCCAUACUCAACAACCUAGCAAUGCUAUCAUGAUCACAAGCACAAUCAGCGUUGUUCUUUUCAGCACAAUUGUCUUUGGGCUGCUGACGAAGCCACUGAUCAGGCUCUUGAUCCCGUCAAGGCACCUAUCCAGGGAACCAAGCGCCCUUUCUGAACCUUCCAGCCCGAAGUCUUUCUUUGAGCAGCUGGCCGCCAACAGCCCUGGACACCCGGAUCUUGAGAAUGGCAUAAGCCUACGACGCCCGGCGAGCCUCCGUUUUCUCCUAGUAAGCCCGGCACGGUCCGUCCACCAUUACUGGCGCAAGUUCGAUGACAGUUUCAUGCGGCCGGUGUUUGGUGGCCGUGGCUUCGUUCCCUUCGUCCCUGGUUCACCCACUGAGAGCAGCUUGCCAUUGCUUCCUGGCAAUGAGAACUGAAACCAGCGUAUCGAGGGGCUUUAAUUCAGCAGAAGUUUUGUAAAUUGGCUUCGCUUAUGGUUAUAAUAUUUGGUGUAAAUCUAGGUUUGUAGAUUCAACUUGGUAGCAUGUACAUGUUGAUGUAGGCUAGUUAACUGACCAGCGACCAAACGGCUGUGCAUAUUGAUAUCUCGUCGCUAUCAAUGAGUUCGUAUUUAU